AUGUCUGCGCUCCCCGCCGGUGCCGACAUCAAGAGGGCUCUGGAAAACAGCCCCGAGACCAACAUCGAGGAUGAGCUGCCCGACGAGCCACCACAGCCGCGGCCCAAGAACUACCUGCUCCUCAGCAUCCUCUCCUGCUUCUGUCCCGCCUAUCCCGUCAACAUCGUCGCCUUCGUCUUUGCUGUCAUGGCUUUAAACAGUUAUAAUCAAGGAGAUAUAGAAGGGUCAAAAAGACUGGGUCGGAAUGCACUCUGGGUGGCUGUUGCAUCUAUUAUCAUUGGCCUUGUCAUCAUUGGAAUCUAUUGCGUGGUUCAUUUCACAACG